GAAAACCAACAGAAACCAUAAACAAGAGAGAUCGAAAUUUCUGGCGGCUUUAAGCAAGAUCUCUGACUUGUGGAAAACGAAACCAUUAACCAAAAGACAAUAGAAAAGUAAUUAUAACAAGAACAAGAUCUUGUAAAGAACAUUAACGAUACAUAUAACAGCGCGAGAGAAUGGUGUUUUGGGAGAUCACUUUGGCGACAGCCUAUUUCUUGGGGCUGGAACGGACUUACAGACUCGCUUUGAAGAUUCAGCGUCGCAUUAUUAGCCCCAAGCACCCUAAGUUACGCCAGUUCGCUCACAGACGAACACGUGCUGUGUUCAGUGUUGCACUCAAGUUUCACCGGAAGAUUCAAGAGAGGGACAUAGAAGUUGGUCGAAAUCUUGGUAACUGGAUUCUGCGAUGGCUUGACCGAAUGAAGCCUUCUGCUCAAAUCCGUGGUCCAUCAGAGAAACCCAUACACAGUUCUGGUCCAAACACGAACAUGACCAACCAAGUAAUAAAAUCUUCGAAGCCAAAAACUAAUGGGAUCAGUGCUUCUAGAAACCAAGAUUCAGGCAGGCAUCUAUUUACCUCGUUAACAAAUAUACAUCCUAAACCCUUUCCUACAAUUACAAUGAUGAUGCGGCCACCUAGGACUGCUGGGAACAUGACCCAGUAUAGGCAUCUUUACAACAAUGGGCGUGAUAUGUUGAGGUUGAACUACCAAAGAUAUGGGUUUGAUGGAGUUAUUCGGAAGGAUAUAAUGCAGUGGAUGCUGCAAAAGUAAAGCAAAGGACUGGAUGCUGUGGAAACUAACAAAUCUAAGGCUUACUCAUUUUGUUGUGUUCGUGUGGUGCCCAUGAAUGAUAAAUAAAGUUCCCUUCGAUUUUCUGGCUCAAA